CGAAUUUUAUAAUCCAUCACUUCUCACCAGACCCCAGUCGCCCUCCUCCCAGCUGUACCUAAAAAUCAAUUCGAUUUCUCCUUUUCCCAAACAAUUGACCACCAUUUUAUAGCCUCAGAAAUCAGAACCUGCUCUAAAAUUUCUUCUCUCUCUAGCCCCCUAAACCCCCAGAAAAAAGAAACAGAGAGGAGGGAGGGACCAAGAAGCAGAGCUGUAGAGAGAGAGAGAGUUCAGUUGAGCUCCGUUCUCUUCUCUAUCUCUAACUAGAUCUAUCCUCCACUGCCUCCGCGGCUCUGCCUCGUGUUGGUUGCCUUUGCCCAAAGGCGCCUGCUCGCUCGCUCGCUUCGCUUGCAGAGGUUCGUCCCACGCUCUAUGCUUGCUCUGCCACCAUGUGGUUGGUCCUCUCGCCGCUCCAACUAACUACCACCACCUCAUCGCACCACGAUGCCAAGCUUAGUGGCGUCACGCUGCUCGGGAGCUAGCUUCCGCCUCCGGCAUUGCAAUGCUGCUGCUGGUGGAGGCGUGACGGAGUAAUCAGCUAGCCCGGCGGGCGAGACCAGAGGAAGAAAGCUUCGAUCUUUCUUGCUCCCGAGUGAGCGCGGCGCCGCCGACAUGUUCAAGUCGCGGUGGCGCGGCGGCGGCGACCGCGGCAAGGCCAAGGCCGUGUUCAAGCUGCAGUUCCACGCCACGCAGGUGCCGGAACUCGGGUGGGAGGCGAUGAUGGUGGUGGUGAAGCCGCAGGACUCCGGGCGGCCAACGGCGCGGUCGGAGCGCGCGGAGGUCGCCGACGGCGCGUGCCGGUGGGCCGCCCCCAUCUUCGAGGCCACAAAACUCCCCUCCGGCAAGGACAAGAUCUUCCAGUUCCUCGUCUACGAGACCGGGUCGAGCAAGGCGGCGCUUCUGGGUGAGGCGACGGUGAACCUGGCCGAGUACGCCGACGCGUUCAAGCCGUCGGCCGUGACGCUCCCGCUCAAGGGCAGCCCCGGCGCGCUUCUGCACGUGACCAUCCAGCGGGUGGUGGGUGGCGGCGGUGGGUGCGGUGACGACGCGAGCAGUGAGAACGGCGAUGCUCCGGCAGCGGCAGUGAAGACACCGCAGCGGAGGACGACGCUGCAGAGCCAGCUGAGCCGGUGCGAGGACGAGGACGGCAAGAAGGCAAGGGCGGCAGCGGAUGCGAUGAGUCCUGUGCAAGAUGGAUUGUUGAUAAGAAAACCACCAGGGAUGAGUUUUCCGUCCAGAGGAAACACGCCUAUGUCUGUUGAGCCAGUUGGUCACCUACACAACGGCGGCAGCUUUGAUGCCGUCUCGGUUUCGGGUUCAGAUGGAAGCUCAGGGAGAUUUACCCCCAAAACCAGUGCAAGCAUGCACAGCACGUUUCUUCAGGAUAGUAGCAAUGUGCUCUCUCCAUUUGCCAACAACGGCACCCCGAGGAACCCAUUGACCAGCUCCGGUGACUGGUCGGGAAGCUCAGCUCCUGAUGCUAGCACGGAUGGGUCAACCAGCAACUCUGGUGAGGCAGGGUUAAGAGGGGCCGAGGAUGAUGCGGAGAAGCUAAGAAGUGAGAUAGCCACUUUAACACGGAAAUUGGAUGUCUCUGAUAUGGAGUUGCAGACACUCAGAAAGCAAAUUGUGAAAGAGAAUCGGCGUGGGCAAGAUCUCUCCAAGGAAAUGAGUAGCCUGAGGGAGGAGAGGGAUGCACUCAGAAGAGAAUGCGAAGGACUCAGGGGGGCAAAGAAGAUGAUCCAUGAUGUCAAUGGCUCAGGUAAACGGCUCUCAGACGGUGAAGACUCAUGGUCACAGAUUGAAGAGCUGAAGCAAGAGCUGAGUCAUGAGAAGAAUCUAAAUGCAGAUCUUCGUGUACAACUGCAAAAGAUGCAGGAAUCCAACUCUGAGCUGCUUCUGGCCGUGAAGGAUCUUGAUGAGAUGCUGGAGCAAAAGAACAGAGAAAUUUCCAUUUUGCAAGAAGAUACACGAGAGGAUCCGCAGGAGGCAGAAUAUGAGCAUGCCCUGUCAAAUGUGCACAAUUCUGGACACAAGAUAGACUUAUCUGAAACGAGCUCUGAACAAGAGAAAGAAGAUGAGCUUAUGCUGGAUGCAUUGGCAAAGAAGCGUGAUGACAUCACUGCCUCGGAAUUUGAAAAGAAAAUUCUUGAGUUGAGCAAUGAAAUUGAGCUGUACAAGAAGGACCGUGAGGAUCUUGAGAUGCAAAUGGAGCAACUUGCACUUGAUUAUGAGAUUCUGAAGCAAGAGAACCAUGACAUCUCUUCAAGGCUGGAGCAAACACAACUCAGGGAACAGCUAAGGAUGCAGUAUGAAUGUUCAGCACAUUUGUCUAUAAUAAAUGAUCUUGAGUCCAAUGUUGAGAGCUUGGAUAAUGAACUCCAGGCACAGGCUAAAAAGUUUGAGGUUGAUAUAGCAGAAAUAAUGAGUGCAAAGGUGGAACAGGAGCAAAGGGCCAUAAAGGCCGAAGAGUCUCUGAGGAAGAUCAGAUGGAACAAUGCAACUACCGCUGAACGACUCCAGGAGGAAUUCAAGAUGUUGUCUUCGCAAGUAUCUUCUGCUUUCAGUGCAAAUGAACGGCAGCUUGUGCAAGCAAGAAAAGAGGCUGCAGAACUGCAAUUGCAGAAGAGCCAAUUGGAAGAGUUACUGCAAAAGGCCCAAGAAGAGCUUGGAUCAGUUCAGGAUCAACACCGGGUGAAGGUUCAGCAGUUGAUAACCCUUGUGGAUUUCAAGUCAAAGGAGACUGACAGGCUACUGACGGAGCUCAAAAGCAAGAGUGACGAGUUCCAGAAUCAAAAAAGAUCCGAUGAGGCAAAGUUGAAUGCCCUGUCAGAAGAAAUCGACCAACUCAAAGUCAAGAUUGACAGGCUAUCAGAUGAAAGAGACGAUCUCUUUGAAAAAAAUGAACAGAAAGACAAAGAAUUAGCUGUAAAUAGUGAAAAUAACAUGCUCUUGCAAGACAGAACUGCCGAGAUUACGUUGCUCAAUAAAGAGAUUGCAUUGCUCAAGGACCAAGUGAAGAUGCAUUUGGAGGAACUUCACACUUUAAAACGUUCGAAGAAUGAGAAGGAGGAGACAAUAGGAAAGCUGCAAAUAGAUAUUGGGUCCUUGAAACUCCAGUGUGACAACUUGAAAACUUCGCUGUCCAAGAAGGAGUCUGAGAAAGACAACCUUGCUUCUCAGAUGCUGAAGCUGAGAAGAGCCCUUGAAAACAGGGAAGGUGCCAAGGCAAAUGGUGUCACUUCACACAUGAAGGACAAUCAGCAUACUAAUCAUAAGUGUGUCAAGCACAAUACCGGCACCAGUGGGAGCAGCACUGCACUGUCAGGCACCGACACACACAACACAGACGGUGACUGCAAUGGGCAUGGCAUGAGGAACGCUGUGACCGACCAGUCAGCAAAGGAGUUGACCUCUCUGAAGGAGAGGAACAAGGCGAUGGAGGAGGAGCUGAAGGAGCUGCAUGAGCGGUACUCGGAGAUCAGCCUGAGGUUUGCGGAGGUUGAAGGCGAGAGGCAGCAGCUCGUGAUGACGGUGCGGUCGCUGAAGAACUCCCUGAGGUGACCGAUGCUGCUCAGGCUCAGCUCACUCACAUCGUAGCUACAAGAUUUAGACGAUACCUGAAGGCGUUGUACAGGCGGGCUUCGCAGAGGCCAGGCAGACACCCAGGAUAGCAGGGUGUGGUCUGUCCAGUCACAGUACACAGCAUGUAGAUCUCGUCCCAAUAAUAUUAUUUUCUUUUCUCUUCCUUCCCCAUUGUUGUGUGCAGUAAGUUGUAAUAGUUAUCUUACCCUCUCUAGAGUGUGCUGUGCUGUAUAAUUUCCCCUGAUGUUUGGUUGUGUUGUGAAGAAAAGGAAAUGAGAAGAAAAAGAUUGCUGUGAU